ACAAAAAGCAAUUUCGAUAAUUUAAAUGAAGGUUAUCUAGCACACAUUCUUUUCUUUUUGGUUUUGUGUUUUCGAAUUCGGAACUUAAUCUUGGUUGUUGAGUGAAGACAUAUAACAAGUUUGGUGUAUAUUGUACAACUUUCGUCGAGUUUGCUAUCGUCGGUUUGAUUUAUUUAUCUGUUUGUUCGUUUGUCUGUUUGUGCGGCUUACUAGGUACUUGCUUGUAUUGGUUUCAGACGGGUUUGUCGAGGGCUUGGAAUAGAUAAUGUGGAAGAGGCCGAGUUUGAAUACGCAGAUAAAUUGAAUUUGGGCAGAUAGAUUGGUUAGGGUUGAUUUGCAUACCUACGAUUGCGUCGAAAGGACAUUAGAGCAGAGAGUGAAUAUUUGGAUUGCAUUCGAUUCGGAUUUUUAGAUUGGAUUGGAGUGAAGGAUCUACGACAUACAACUUUAGGGUUUGGAUUGGGAGAUGAGCUGAAAUAGGAUGAACCGAAAUGGAAUGAGAAAUGAAGAUAUGAUACGAGGAACAACUCCAAGAACAAGAACGAGAGCGAUAUGAGUGUAUGAAUCAUUACGGUACGGAACGAACCAGACGCAUCCAAACAACAAAGAGUAGGAAUAGGCAUACUUGAUAAACGAACGAGGAAACGAAGAUUAGGUUAGCAACGAAAUACCACAUUUGCAGACGAGAGGACGGAAGAUAUAUGUGAUAAGGAGAGGAGAAAGGAAAAGGAGAACCGCAGAAGAGUAGGAAACUGGAAGCAUACGUAGGGCAUCUGUUGAGAAUUUGUGAUAUAUUAGGAGACGGGGAUAGGAAGAUUUGAUUGCAAAUCUGCUGAAUUCCCGAACGCAAUUUUGGAGCUACAUCGAAGAAGGGUGCGCGAAGAGAAGAGAUACAUAUUUAUAUUUGGUUUGGAAAGAAUUCGAGCAGACAGGUGAAGAAUCGAACAAACGGCUGGAAGGAAAUAAUCUGCGGCGUUAUAUCGUGGGAUUUUGCAGUCAUAUUGUGAAAGGACGAUCAAGAGGAAUCAGUGCGGAACUUCAUUCUCGUACUGAAGAUAUUGCGAGAUAUUCACCCAUCUGCCCAUCUACAAUUUACAUACGCCAUACGGUCACCUCAUAACUACCUACCUAUACCUCUUCCGAGACCACAUACUCGACUCCUCGAUCUCUACCGUCACCAAACUUUCGUCCCACACCUAAUACACCCGAAUUCAGAAAAAUGAGCACCUCCCUCGAAGCCAAGAUAGUAGUCCUAGGCGCCCAAGGUGUAGGCAAAACAUCACUGCUUCUUCGAUAUAUAAAAAAUCAAUUUAAUCCGAAAACUACGACGUCGACGGUUGGGGCCAGUUUUCUGACGAAGAGAGUGGUGGAUGCCGAGAGUGAUACAGUUGUGAGAUUACAGAUUUGGGAUACAGCGGGACAGGAAAGAUUUAGAUCCAUAUCCCGCCUAUACUACCGCGGGGCAAAUGCUUGUAUCCUUUGCUACAGCAUCACAUCCCAAACCUCGUUCACCGAAAUGUCCGUCUGGCUUACCGAACUCCGUCGCAAUCUUCCUGCGGAUAUCAUCCUCCAUGUCGUAGGUACCAAAGCUGAUCUCGUUGCUAAAGAUCCUAGUGCAAGAGAAGUUCCAUUCGAGAGAUGUAUUGCAUAUGUAGCAGAAAACGUUACAUCUAUUUUAGGCAGCACACCACCUGCUACAGCUUUGGGAGAACGUGGGUUCGGCAGUUGGGGCGGCGCCGGAGGUGGAGUGUGGGGAUCUGGCGGUCAAGGCACAAUGGGGAUAGAAGGUGCACGAUCACCUUCUAGUAAGAGAAGUUCUGGAUUCUGGGGUAUGGAAGUGGGAUGGGAUUGUUGUCAUGAAGUUAGUGCGGAGAAUGGAGAAGGCGUAGAAGAAGUUUUUAGAGUUAUCACGAGAAAGCUUGUGGAACAGAAUAAUAAGAUGAAAGAACAACUCUUAAGUGCGGUAGCGACUCCCGGUACGCCUGGUAUGGGGAAUGAUGGGAUGGGGAUAGAGGGGCAAACGGGAUAUUUUGAUGGGAUUAUGAGGCCUGGAGGAAGUUUUAGAGUGGGAAGAGGGGAUAGGAGGAGUUGGUUGCUGGGACUAACGGGAGGAACACCGCUUGGAGGGAGUGAUGCUGGAAUGGGGGUGCGGAUUGGGAGUACGUAUGGAAAUGGAAAUGCGGAUGGGAGGGAGAGGAGGGAUGAAGAGAGGGGUGAGGGGGGUGAGGUUAAGAGGAGAGGGGGAUGUUGUUGA